AUGGCUGCAGAGGACAUCCAGGAGGAGCUGACCUGCCCCAUCUGUCUGGAUUAUUUCCAGGGUGCGGUGUCCAUAGAGUGCGGCCAUAACUUCUGCCGCCACUGCCUACGCCAUAACUUGGCACAGGGCGGCGACCGCUUCCCCUGCCCCGUGUGCCGAGAGCCGUCCUCAUCCGCCGCGCUUAGGCCCAACUGGGCCCUGGCCCGGCUGGCGGAGAAGGCGCGGCGCCGGCACCGGGCUCCAGAUUCCUGCGGCCUGUGCGACCGCCACCUGGAGCCCCUGCGGCUCUUCUGCGAGGACGACCAGCGGCCCGUGUGCCUGGUGUGCAGGGAGUCCCAGGAGCACCAGGACCACUCCAUGGCGCCCGUGGAUGAGGCCUUCGAGAGCUACCGGGAGAAGCUCCUAAAGACUCAACAGAGUCUAAUGGCCAAGAUGGAGAAAGUCACACAUUUACAGGACGCGGAAAUGAAGAAUGCUGCAGAGUGGAAGGACAAGAUGAAUAACCAGCAGUUGAGAGUCAGUGUCCAGUUUGCAAAGCUGCACCACUUCCUGGAAGACGAAGAGCAACUGUUUCUUCAGAGGCUGAGCGAAGAAGAAAAAGAGACAAAGAAGAAACAAGCUGAGAACACAUUAAGGCUCAGUCGGACGAUCACUUCCUUAAAGAAUCUCAUGCUAGAGGUAGAGAAGAAGAGUCAGAGCUCCACCCUGGAGUUGCUUCAGAAUCCAAAAGAUCUUUUGAUCAGGAGUGAGAACCAGGAUGUAAACUAUUCCGUUGAAGUUCUACAGGUGAAGACUCAGUGCCAUGUACCAUUGAUGAAGGAAAUGCUGAAGCGAUUCCAAGUGGCUAUCAGUGUAGCUGAAGACACAGCUCACCCCAAACUUGUCUUCUCCCAGGAAGGGAGGUACAUGCAAAAUGGAACACCAGCCAGUUCUUGGCCGGUAUUUUCUUCAGCAUGGAACUACUUUACCACACGGAGGAAUCCUCAGCAGACCACGCAUUCUGUGAAGAGAUUUCAACACUUACCAAGUGUUUUGGGAAAAAACAUUUUUACUUCAGGGAAAUAUUACUGGGAAGUUGAGAACCAAAGUGGCCUGGUGAUUGCUGUGGGAGUGUGUCGGGAGGACGUCCUGGAGAUUGUUAAUCAUUCAGAAAUAUCCCCUGAUGUGGGCAUCUUGGCUAUUUGUUGGAGCUCCACCUGCUAUUGGCCCCUAACAGGUAACCCUGUAGUUUCCACCAGUGUAGAGCCAGCUCUUCAGCGAGUGGGAGUUUUCCUAGAUUAUGAGGCUGGGGAUGUCUCAUUCUACAAUGCUGUGGAUGGAGUGCACAUACACACGUUUUCUUGUUCUUUUGUCUCACAUCUCCGGCCAUUUUUUUGGUUGAGCCCAUUAGCAUCUUUAAUCCUCCCACCAGUGACUGGUGGGAAAUGAGGCUGUUCUUUCCUUACCCAAGAAUCUCGGCCUAUAUCCCAGCCCAGGGUCACCCAUCCUCUUCUUUCACUGUAUACAUCCUGAUCCUUUGUAGUACAUGAGAAAUACUCAUUCAGACUCCAGUUUCAUGUUUUGUUCAACUCCCUGUAUAUUCUGUGCAUGGACAGAAAGGGCAGACCCUGUUGUUGCCUUUCUAGUAGCCAUUUGCCCCACUUCUCUGCUUUUUUUCCCUUGUUCUUUCUAAUUGAACCAUUUGGUAUGUGCUCUCUGCAUGUGUCAGGAGAAGCAGUUCCAUGUGAGAUAAUUAUGGCCAAUGAGAUAGGAUGGGGAAUUUUCCAAGGUGGGGAAACUUUCUGGGAAAUGUUUUUGUAGCUUCUAAAAAGCGGCAUUUGGGAACACGGCCCCCUUUCUGAUGUUAGCAGCUGUGCAGAAAUUGAGGAAGGUACAGUAACAUUGGGAAGGAAGAAGAAACACGGUGUUCGUUGGCAUCGUUUCUUGUUAUAUGAGAUUAUUGCUCCCUUUUCGUAUAAGGCCAUUUUAGUUGCAUUUUGGUUAGUUGCAGUCUGAACUAUCCUAACUGGUGCUGUAGGCACAUAGUGUGGACAUCCCACAGUUCAGGCUUAUGUCACUUUUUCUGAAACCUGACAAAUUUAUAGAAUCCAGAUUCAAUUCAGUUGAGUAAUUCCUCUUUCCAGUUAGUACUAAUACCCCUCACUUUUCUGGACCAGAAAGCUGAGGCAGUCUUCCCUUACUCUGCCCAGAUUCUUCCUCUUCUUCACUCGACCAGGUCUCAGCCUUCACGUGUUCAUUAUCCAUCCAUUUGUCAAAAUUAUAUGUUGUAUGUACAAGUUCAUUAAUAUAUUGAAAAUGUUCAAAAACACUUAAGUAUUUACACUGUGCUAGCCUGCUUACAAAAUGCUUUUAUAUGAAUCUUGUAAGAGCUCUCGGUGAGAUGGAAAUUAAAAUCCUAUUUUUACGAGUGAGAAAACAAACUUUUGGAGUAACUCACUCAUUAUUGCUUAACUGGCAAAUGGGAGUGUUGGGGUUAAAUUCUACAUGUUUUUCUACUUUAUUUUGGGGGGGAUUUGAGUAAAUAUCUCAAAUCAACUUUUAUUUGUAAGCA